AUGACUUAUAAGAGCGACCAACCUGCAACCUGGAUUGAAAGGGAAAUCAAUCAAGAUAUCUUUGUGUUCAUCAUGAGACUUCAGUUCCUGGCUUCGGUAUAUUUACUAGGCAGUGGAGUCAAUGCUCUAUCAGACUGCAAAUGUGCCCCUUCUAUGCCAUGCUGGCCCUCAACCUCUGAAUGGUCCUCGUUGAACGAAACGAUCUCGGGUCGUCUUAUCAAGACGACUCCUGUAGCAUCAGUCUGCUACCGUGGUGAUCCAAACUUCAAUCCUGACCUGUGUGAAACCGUUCGUUCAAACUGGACCACUUGGCCGUUCCAUUCGGGAAAUCCCGUGAGCGUUGGAGAUCCAUCCUUCGACAACGCCUGUGCUCCUAUCUUUCCUAAUGGCACCACUUUGUCUGGUGAUAAAAAUGCGGGAAAGAAUGGAUGCUCACUCGGGAAAUAUCCUCCGUACGUGGUCAACGCGACUGGUGCCGAGGAUGUUCAAGCCGCUGUUCAUUUUGCCAAAAAGUGGAACUUGCGAUUGAAUGUCAAGAACACCGGACACAGCGGAGAACGAAGUAUCAACCCUGGAAGCCUCUCUAUCUGGACGCACAAUAUGAAGGAUAUUCAAUACCACGAGUCGUUUGCACCGAAGAGUUGUUCAAGCAACUCCACACACAGGGCAGCUACCUUGGGUGCUGGAGUGCAAGAUGGUGAGUUGUUUACAGCGAUGGCCAAACAUGAUUCCCUUGCUGUGGGCGGACAAAACAAUGAUGUUGGAGUGGUCGGGUGGGCUACCGGUGGUGGCCACGGCCUUGCGACUGGCAUAUACGGAAUGGGAGCCGACAACAUCAUCGAGGCGAUCAUUGUGACACCAAAUGGCGAUGUUUUGAAAGCCAACAGUUGCCAAAACGAAGAUCUAUUCUGGGCUGUUCGCGGGGGAGGCGGCAGCACAUUUGGUAUCAUUAUCAGUGUUACUGUUAAGGCGUUCAAAAUGCCUUCGACUACCCUGAUCGGUGUCAAUGUUUCACCUCGGAGUGGAAUAUCCUCCAAGGAAUGGUACAGUCUAGUUGCAAAGAUGCAUGGCGAGUUCCCCCGUUUACAGGACAUUGGAGUUCAUGGGUAUUAUACGUUGUCACGCUCCGCAUUCAGCGUUGCCUUGUUGCAGUAUAAUGCGGGAAAUCAAACGAAUGAUGGCCUUUUAAUGCCAUUGCGGAAAAUGUUGAAAUCAGCAAAUUCAACAGUGAGCUCACAAUUUACUUCCCAAUGGGCGCCAACUUGGUAUGAUCUUGUGAAGGACAUUCCGCUAUAUGGAAGCACAGGUAAAACACACAGCGCUCGCACAUCGCGAUUCCUUUCCAGACAAACAGUCCAAGAUACACAGUCUCUCGCUAAGGCUCUGGAGGCAAUUUCAGAGCCAGAUUCUCUAACAGGGAAAGGAGUGUCCAUCCCAUCCAUAUCCGGCACCAUGACAGCGAGCAGAGCUCCCGUGGACAACUCUUUGAACCCAUCAUGGCGCGACUCUGUUGUUCAUGUAAUCUCAACCCAGAGUUGGGAUGAUACAGUUCCACAUGAGAUAAGGGAGAAAGCCAUCCAUGAUAUGACUUUUAAGAGAGGAUACGCAUUGCGACAGUCAGCACCUGACACCGGUGCCUAUCUUAAUGAGGCAAACCGAAAUGAACCGAACUGGCAGUGGUCCUUCUGGGGACCAAAUUACCCCCGGCUUCAAGCCAUCAAGCAAAAGUAUGAUCCGGACAGCCUUCUAUGGUGCCACCAAUGCGUAGGCAGUGAAGCCUGGACCGAGGGAAACAACAGCACCCUUUGUCGGGGGUACUGA